UAGUUGAGUUGUGGUUGGUUGCGAGGCAAAUACACUAAGCAAGGAUGAUGGCUUCUCCUUUACCUUCCCUCGCCUCUUUCUUUCCCUCAAACCACAAUCCUCCUUCUCUAACUACUGCUUCACUUCCAGUUUCGAAGCUUAUUUUCUCAUCUUUUUCCCCGAAGUUGUCAAGAAACAAGAAAUGGGUCUCACGCAGAAACAGAUUCUAUCCGGCGAAACCAACUGACCAUGAUUUAGACACGACGGGACCAUCCCCGCAAGCCUCAACUCAAAAUGCUGGCAACGCAUCCAUCAGUUUCUUAUCUAUACUUUGUCCUCUUCUCAGAUUAUUCUCUGGAGGAGACCCCUCCCAAGAACGGAAUGAUGCUCUGGAGGUAGCGACAUCUUCUUUAUCCACCUUGGCAAGAUUUCCUUGGGGAUCAAAAUCACUAGCAGAGGGCUCAGAGAGCAAAGAUAUAACCAUUUCCGAUCCUCCCAUUCGCAUGCAACUCUUUGAAUUUGAAGCAUGCCCUUUUUGCAGAAGGGUUCGAGAAGCAUUGACAGAGCUGGAUCUUUCUGUAGAGGUGUAUCCUUGUCCAAAAGGUUCUUUAAGACAUAGAGAAAUGGUUAGAAGCUUUGGUGGAAAAGAGCAGUUUCCCUUCCUCAUUGACCCAAAUUCUGGAAUAUCAAUGUAUGAAAGUGGUGAUAUUGUCAAAUACCUGUUCAAGCACUAUGGUAAAGGAAGAAGCCCCUCAACGGGUCUUUUAGAAAGCACAUUGUUCACUGGAUGGAUGCCAACAAUUCUUCGAGCAGGUCGAGGAAUGAUGCUAUGGGAUAAGGCAAGACGAGACCCACCACCAAAAAAGCUUGAACUUUUCUCGUAUGAGAAUGAUCCAUAUUCACGAAUUGUACGAGAGGCACUUUGUGAACUCGAACUUCCUUACAUCCUUCACAAUGUGGGAGAAGGAUCUCAACGGAUGAAAUUACUCCUUGAGGCAUCUGGAUCCAAAGAGGUUCCGUAUUUAAUCGAUCCGAAUACAAAAACUCAACUUGGUGAUUACAAGAAAAUACUGUCAUAUUUGUUCAAUACAUAUUCGGCAGCCGCUGUAUAGUUUCAUUGCCUUAAACUCUAAGCUACCCUCAUCUGUGCCGUGUUAAAAAGCCUCAGACAGGUAAUGCCAAUUUAAAUUUUUAAAAUAUAAAUAUUUGAUCCGUUGCCCCUAUUUAUGAUGCAAUUGAUUAGGUUGUACGUAAGAUGUGAGAAACUUGUACCUUUUAUACAUGUCGAAAACAAAUAAUGUAAGUUUAUGGUUGAAUUGAAAAUCCAAGUUGCAAGAAAA